CUUUGUGUACGUCUCGUGUUGUCGUAACAGUCCUGUGCAGUGCUACUGUGUCUGUGUUACGUGAUAUUUUCAUGUGCGUGUCUCCUGUGGUCACAAUAUAGGUAUAUGUGUUUUAUGUUUUGCAGUUUAUAAGUGAAGGUGGAUUUAACUGCGACGUCGGUGUGUGCAUGUGCGCGAGUGUCAGUGGCAUGCGGGGCGGGCUCGCGCGCCGCUAGCGCGAGCAUGCUGCGCGUGCGCGCCGCCGCGGCGCACUUCGUGCUCCUCUGCUUGACACACGUGUCACCUGGUUUCUGCGACGUAGCUGGCGGUGCGGGUUCAGUAAACGCGUUGCCGGCUGGCGGCGGAACACGGCUUGCUCCGUCCUUCGACGCGGCUACUCCACGGAACGUCACGGCUCUUGUUGGCAAGUCCGCGUACCUGAGCUGCCGAGUCAGAAACCUUGGCAACAGAACGGUGUCAUGGAUACGUCACCGCGACCUGCACAUACUGACUGUCGGCGGCUACACCUACACCUCGGACCAACGGUUCCAGGCGACGCACUCGCCGCAGACGGACGACUGGACGCUGCAGAUCAAAUGGGCGCAGCAGCGGGAUGCCGGCGUCUACGAGUGCCAGGUCUCCACGCAGCCGGUCCGGUCCUUCUUCGUUACGCUGCACGUUGUUGAUUGCGACGAGAUCUACCAGCGGAUGUUUUCUGAUGGAGUGCCGUCAGCGCGUAUCCUCGGCGGCCCAGACCUGCACGUCGAUAUCGGCUCCACCAUCAACCUCACUUGCCUCAUCCAAUUCAGCCCCGAGCCGCCCGCCUACAUCUUCUGGUACCACGAGGACGAGGUGAGCGGACGCAAACAGGUGAUAUCGUACGACUCUUCGCGCGGUGGCGUGUCGGUGGUCACAGAGAAGGGCGCCGCCACCACCUCCUACCUGCUAGUGCAGGACGCCACGCCGGCGGACUCGGGCCGAUACUCGUGCGCGCCCUCCAACGCCGAGCUUGCCUCAGUGCGCGUGCACGUACUCAACGGAGAGCGACCGGCGGCGAUGCAGACGGGCUCGGCGGGCCUCUCCAACAGCUGGCGCUGCAUAAUUGCGCUGCUGGCGGCCUGUGCUCUGCACGCACGGUUGCUGCGCGCGCAGCUCGCCAGCUGAUGCGCGCGCGCCGCUCCACGCGCUACACGGACUCUGCCAGUGCACAGUGUCGCCGCCUAGUGAAUAAUAUAUGUUGUUCUAUCUCGUACAUAAUUUUAUCCGGUGAAAACUUAGUUUUCGAUUACAUAAGAAAUAAAAUUAUUUAAAAGAUUAGAGAUUUUACAAUAAAUGUAAGAUUUUUAUGAGCGAGUAAGGUUUGCUCUCUGUUGGCCGCUGCUUGCCGUCGUAAUUUAGAAAAUCGACAAAGGCCUAAAAGAAUCGUUCUCAUAAAAUACAAUUUUGAUUGCAAAUUAUUUUUACAAUCUGCGUUGGUUUUAAGAUUUAAUAUUGACGUACUUGCGUAAUGCCAUUUCAAUGUUCAUUGUUUAUAUAAUUAAUAAAUCCACCUCAGUAGUGGCCGGCAGAGAGCUAGCUCGGACUAGACUGUUCUUGUGAGUGGCCUUCGUCCUUCGCUCCUCCUCACUGUAAAUAAUCACGUAUAAUAUAAGGGGAUGAGUUGUAUCGUAUCAAUAUUUGUACAUGUGACGUACACAGCGGCCGAUGUUGCAGUAGUUAGGUUUAAUAUUCGUAUACCAUUUGAGUUUUCAUAAAAAUGUUAGUCAAAUUGCACAUUUCAUUAAUAUUAUUGUCCUUUAAACAAUGCUUAUCGUCAAACGAGAUGUAAAUUGUCAUUUCCACUCAGAUCACUGAACACAACGAUAAACGUAACGUUCAGACAUUGCGCGGCGAACGUAUUCGAAAUCAUCGAAAUUUUGUCGCUUAUCCUUGCAAGCAGCACGAAUGCGAACACAUGUACUUAUGUAGGUACUUUAAUCAUAAUAUGUCAACAUAACAAAAGACCACGAGAAUGUCCACGUGUGGACGUGACCUUUUGGUACAUGUACUGCUUGUGCAUCGAAGCUCGUUGCUAAUAAGUUCUUUUUCAUAGUAGUUGUCAACUAAAAUUCAUGAAAUCAUGAAAAGUAUUUAUAAUAUAAUUUCCUUUGAAGUCAUUAAACCUUUACUCUUAAGAUGUUCAUUCGAUAUUAUAUCUAAGAAAGCGCCUUUAGAUAUAAUUAACUCUGUCAGUAAGUAUCGCGUGCCGUCAGCGCACCGUCACUGAGAAUGUUCCCGCGCAGUACUAGUUCCAUUCCAACAUCUUUUGUAUAUUAUAAAUAUAAAUGAAUAGUAUACUUCUAUAAAAGUAUCAAUACUGAUAAUAUGUGGAAUUCAAGAUUUGUCAAAAAAAAUAUUUACCAUUAUAACAUUAGUUCAUUGAUUAGAUUAGAUACAUACAUAUACGGAUAGGAUUUCGAUUUUAGUUUAUUUAUUUAUUGAAAAGUAAAAACAGCGUUACAUUUUAUUUUUGUAUACAUUUAAUAAGUUUUAUUAACAUAUAAAAAUUAUAUUAUUAUAUAAAAUAUUAAUAUUUGACGACUGUUUGAUGAACGAUAGAAAGUAAUACACAAUUGUAUCGCACAUUUCAUGUUUGUAGAAUUAUAACUUUUAUAAUAACGCAAGGUUGUCGCCGUGUGUGCUGUGCUACACUGUGUCGAUAUAUGUUUCAAAUUAAAAAUGUUUUGUUUUCACUUUCCGAACAGAGUAACAAUAAUUAAAAAUCCAUUAAAUUAAUAUAAUCUCGUCUCAAUGAGAGAGUGUGGAAUAUGACUCACGGAUGUUUGUGAAGCUAAAGGAAAGUGUGAGUUUAAUAUAGAGAUAUUAAGUAGGAGUUAUCAUCCAAACGACACAGACAGUCGAGCGAUAGCGGUAGACAUGAUAUCGACGCAUUUACAUCGCAUCCACAUCUUUUUUAAUCGUUAAUUAAUAGGUGAUGUGACUCGCAUGAGAAAGCCUUAAUCAGUGUCGGAUCAGCCCGUGUGUGGACCUCGACGUCGCCGCCGUGCUCGGAGCGCGUACCCAGACUCGAGCUGCGAAAUGAGAGUUUAAUACAAGUGUUACAAGCGUGAGCCGUGGCGGUCGUGCGAAGAACACACACGCCUGUCUGAAUCAAUGUGUUCUACCGGUGUAAAGUUCGAUAACUGCCAGAAUAUAAACUCGAUAUUACUUUAUACUUCGACCAUAUUUCAUAUCAGAGAUUAAACAAACAUAGAAGCGACCUGUAACAACCAACAUUUUGCUUAUACUUAAAACCAAAAAUGUUGUUCCUAGUUGAAAUGUUAUAAUCUCGAUUUCGUAGUCUUUGCAUUUUUACAGUAUUUCUUGUGGCAAAAUUAUGUUAUCGUGUCGUGUAUUUCAUUGUAUAUUAAUUUAUAUUAGCUAGUUUUGUAUCAAUAAUAUUUAUUAACGUUUUAAGGAGAAAAAAGUGUAAUAAGUGUAAUAUUAUUAUGUAAUAUUAAGUAAAUAAUAUACUAAAUAAAGAACCACAGAGAGGCCAUGUCGUGUAGAGGAGAUAUUAGCACUCUAAGAUAAUGUUUUGUAAAUUAAUCUUUCCAAAAGUAAGGCUUGGAUAUAGUCUUUAGUUAAAGCAAUUAAUUAAAAAAGCUACGUGGAUUUGAUCGGACGUACCUACUGUUCUCUAUAAUUAUUUUUUAAUAAUGAAAAGAGAAUAAAGAUUAAAAUUGUUAUGAAAAGUGGCGCAGCCGCUGUACUCAAUGCUAUGCGAAAUAAAGCUAAUUUUAUGUUGUUAAUUAAUAAACCUAAUAAUAUAUAAAUGAUAAAUUUUAAUCUUAUAUAAAUAGUCGACGACGAAAAUUCGAAAUGUUAUUAUACGAUAACUCUCGUCGAUAAAUUAAGCGAUAAAUUAAUUUAUAGCAAACUUUUUUGUAAUACAGAAUUCCUAAAGUACUAAUAUUCAAUAUUGUUUUGUGGUAGCGGAAUUCAAUUCGUCGAGUGAGUCUGCGAAUCACGAAUCAGUAUCCAAUUAUUGUAACCUUAAUUAAUUUUCGUUAUGAAACUCUUCAAACAAGAAUGCUGUAGUCGUAGCCUUUAGUCUUUUAUGAUAUUCUACUAUCGACUUCUCGGUGCGGACUCCUAGUAGGCCUCUACCUUCGCGUACUCGUACUACUCGACCUAUUUCAUUUUUUAAAUUCAAAAAUAAAUCUUAACUAUGUAAACAUAAGCAAAGCAUUUAUUUAAUAUUAAAGUACUAGUUAAUUGAAAGAUGACGUUUGUAUAGCGUAAUGUAAAUAUUACUGAUAGGAAAGUUUUACAAUAAACUGAUCACGGUAGAGAAGAUCACUUCAAAUUGUAUAGUAUGGAGUCUACGUAUGUAAAACAUAAAACUUUAUGUAUACAUGAAUCGAAUAAGUUUGUUUUCAAAUAAAAUAUUUAAUA